GUUUAUCUCUCACAUGUUUUCAAUUGUAGUUAUUGUUUAUCAAUUCAAUUAAUGUGGUAAAUUGUUUUCUUUUGAUAAUUAAUCAUCACUUUAUUUACAUUUGAAUUGAUUUUUAAUCAGUUUGAGUGGUUAAUAAUUUGACUUGAUAUUCGGGAACAUGAAUAUCGGAGCUUUUACGAGAAAUAUUUAUCCUCUUGGAUGGAUGAGAAAUCCAUAUGUCCGUCGUCUUCCUGAACAUUAUUUGAAACACCGAUUGGAACUUACUAAACCACCGGUUCGUGUUCAUGAUGACCCAACCACUGGUGACCUUUUGGAUUAUAAACUUACUGAUGCGAAAACCUUAAGAAUUGAACGAGUUCCCGAUCUACCAGUUGCCACUCAAAAGCUACAAACUUCUGACGAAGCUAUUCUCGGCGGAGAAGAUGUAGUUUUCGGCUUUAGUUUACCAAAGAGACAAUUGUUCAGAGACUCUGGUGUCAGAAAUGCUAAGGUAUGGAUGCCUAAUAUCUACCGGACAACCGUUUAUAGUGAAGUACUUGACACCUAUUUGAGUAUAGUGUGUACAAAACACGCUCUCAAUUUAAUUCACGAGGCUCAUGGAUUCGAUAAUUAUAUCCUUCGGACACCAAUUCAAGACCUUCAAUCAAAAUUGGCUCUUAAGCUUCGUCGAAAGAUGCUGAUAACAUUAGCUAAAAACGAUUUCCAUCCAAAUGAUCCUGAAAAAUUUGAAUUAGUCAAGAAUAAAUAUCAAGAUUGUAAAAUUCCGUUGGAAGAAGCUGAAUGGAUUGGGUUAAGUUGGGCUCAAGCUAUUGAAAAGAAUCACGAAUCAACCUACAAACAAUCAGAACCAUUGAAAGUAAAAUAUAUCAACGAUUUAGUGAAAAAACUAGAAGAUUUAAAAGCCAGUGGGGAAAUGCCAGAGCAGAAAAGUGAACCACAAAGUCUAUUGGAUCGAGCUAAAAGUUUACUUCAUCUCAGAUGAAUCAUCAAUAAUUUCAUCAACUCUUUUUCUGUUAUUGUUUAUAUAUAGAAACCUGAUUUCAUUACAUGAUUAUUACCUUGUUCAGUUUAAAAACAAUCGUUAAUUUGAUUAUCGGAAAGAAAGUGAAUAAGGUAAAGAGGAAAAGGUGUGUCAGUGAUUGAGUUGAACACAAUUUGAAGUAAACCAAAUGAAUCAUGGUAAUUAUAUAAUUGUAUCUGUUCACAUAUUAACUAUACUUAAAAACGAGUCGAUAUUUUUCCCGUA